AUGGCCGCAUUGAAAAAGAGAACGGGACACAAAUACAGUCAUAGCGGCUGCACAAAUUGUAAGAAAAGAAGUAUCAAAUGUGAUGAAAACUUUCCAGAAUGCCUGGCUUGCCAGAAAAAAAAUCUAAAAUGUGAGUACAAACAGAAGAUAUUUGUUUAUCAGCCUUUCAAAACAUCAUCGAAGCAAAACAAGAAGUUUAAAAAGAUAGAAAUAGAUCAUCUAUCAAAGGAACCAACAUCUACAUAUGUGCCAGAAGCAGUCGGUUCUUUUGACGUUAUCGAUAAAUUUAUAGACGAGUUUAAGGAGAACUUUGAUCAAGGAAGACAAUCAAAUAUUUCAGGUAAUAAAGAAGAACAGAUUUUAGAGUGCAAAAAACUAGACGAGCUUAGCGCAAGCUCUGCCUUACAAGUUGCUUCGUAUGUCCGAUACUGGAAACCCUACACAGAAGAAAGAUACCAAGAACUUUUCGAGAAAUUGGAUGCCACGGGUGCUAAGAGCAGCAAUGUUCACUACCAUGAAAACGACCCGGAAGUUCAAGAAUUUAUUCUUCACGCCUUUGUUCAAUCGAAGGCUACUUACAAUUAUAUCUUGGCACCCGCUCACGAAUUAAGCCUUGUAACUAACUGGGUAUUACAUUUUGGUACCAAAUAUCCAAUAAUGGGGUAUGUGCUGAACUUCAUAACGUGUAACCUUUUGGACAUCAAGUGUUCAGAUGAUCGCUGGUCUUGUAUAUUGAAAAGGAACAUGGCCACCGCCCUCAUCAACCUCUCUGCCAGAGUUGGUCAAUGUGAUUCGUUUAUCGAAAUGGUAUGUUAUUUGUUUUCUAUAAUGUUCCUAUUUUCUGAGCAAACAGCCAGCAGGCAGAACGUUUGGAGGCUUCACUUGAGAGGCGCAUUUGCCAUUUUAGAACAAUGUAGUGAUCUUUUCAACAAAGUCUCACAAAAUAAAGAUCCAUUUGAUUCUGAUUUGAAAUUGGCGCUUCAGAUGUUCUCCUUUUCGAAAAACUGGUUUGUGGCUGCAGAAAUUAUUGCCUGUCUAUCUGCACCAAAUGGAGGGGUCAUCAAAGAUAUUUACAGCUCAAAAUUCUAUCUUGGUUACAAUACACAGGAAUUAGAUGAUGGUGUACUCCUCGGCGGAUUUAACUUGAUGAAGGGUUAUUCACAGCUCUUAUCCCCAGUUGUCAUGGAAAUAAUCACCUUCAUGAUUGCUUUUAAAAAAUCAGAGGGCAUCUCUUUGAGUGGAACCCGGGGGCUAUUAGAAAAUUUACCAUACUCGGAAGAACGAAGAAUACUAGGUCAGAAGUUGUUGGCAAGAGUAAAGGAAGUGCAAACUGAGGAACUGAAUUUAUCGACCAUGCAGGAUCACGUUAUGAGGGCCUAUAUAAGGUCUUGUAACAAAUGCUUCUGUUAUGCCUUGCAAAUCUAUAUCUCGUCAAUUUUUUUGGAUGAUUUCAUAUAUGGUGAUAAUAUUCAGCAUUGUGUUCAAAUAAUUGAAGAACAGUUGGUGACAAGCCAAGAUAUAAGGUCUUAUGGGCUAAGUAUUCACUGGCCAUUGUUUGUUGCAUCAUUAUGUGCCCUAUCUGCCAAUCAGCGACUGACGUUUAUCAAGGCAUUGAAGAACAUCUCCAGCAACGGCACUUUUGUUGCAAGAAAUACAGUUGAACGUGUAGAACGCUUUUGGAAGGUUAUUGACAGUGGAGGGUUAAUUGAAGAAGAGGAUUAUGAUUGCACUGUUGCCUAG